CACACACACACACACACACAGAGAUAGCGGCGGAGGGGGGAGGGCUGCAGUGAUGCUGAGCCGCUCCAGUGAGUCCAGUACGGAGGUUUGACGUAGGAACUGGGAGGGGCGGGGCUUGUGGUCCGUAUCGAGUGUCCAGUGGAUCACCGACAGAGCCGGUCUGUCUGUCUCUCAUUCAUCACCGGAACUGUGCAGCGCCUACACCAACCGCCGCUCCGCUCUCCAUCCUGUCUCCUCCGAACACCGACACCAAGGACACCGCCGCCGGCCAUCAUCCGCGGCGGGGCUGCGUGGGAAAAAUGACAUGGAGCCUGCUAUCGCACAACAGGGUGGUAUGCUUAUGUGUUUGCGUCAGCAUGGAGCCUACUGGCAUGAAGCACUGGAGCCAAGGAUCUACCCAGGAGACAUGAAUGAUUUUGGUGUCCAUGUUCUCAUCACUUGACCAACAGGAUAAUCUACUGAAGACAUGUUGUGUCGAGAUGAAGAUUGACACCAGCCUGACUAUGCCCCAGCUCCCAGAGUCCCUGUCCCAGGCAGGCCUACAGUUCGCUGUGGCCACUGAGGAGGACUUCGACGAGAUCAUGGCUAUGAGCCAGGACAUCUAUGGAGGCCUUGACUACUUGCCCACUAGGUACACCAACUGGCUGCAGGAGACCAACCGCACAGUCAUACUGGCCCGCAAACAGGGAAAAGUGAUUGCUCUGGAGUCAGUGUGUGUGAUCGAUGGUGGGGAGACCAUGCUGGUGGAAGGUCUCCGUGUUGCCCCUCAAGAAAGGGGCAAAGGUGUGGCAGGAGUUCUGCUGCGAUUUUGCUCCGAACUGGUGAAAUCCAAGUUCCCAGAGGUUAAAGUAACCCGCCUGACCCGUGAUGAUGUGCUUGGACCCAAGGACUUCCAGAAGUAUCGCAUCAUAACCAAACAGGGUAUUCUGCUGGUGCGCUUCAGAGCUGAAGAUCUCAAGCUCCGUCUGUCUGAGCUUGGUCUGGGUGGAGACAUCCAAUCCUCUGUGUCCACCCCUUCCUCUAACUCUACUCCUGUGCGUCUCGACCAUACAGCUAUCCACCGGCUGUAUCUGACCACUGAUCUGAUGCAGGGGGUCCUUCCUAAUUCUACCAUCAUUCAAGACUGGCAGCCAUUCAAGCCGUUGCCCAGUAACAUGACCAUCCUGCUGAAGAAGGACAUUGACUGGAUGGUGGAUGAUGGGUCCAACCCUACCGUGGCCAGCCUCUGUACCUUCCCUUUCAGAGUGCCCAUUGGAGAUGACUGGUAUUACCUGAAUAUUGACAUGUUCGGUAAAGAGCUUGACCUGGUUCGGCAGCAGUUCUUGUGCCACCUGCAGCGCCACACCGCCACCCUGAAGGGUCAUGUGAUGUGCCAGAUGUUCCUGGACCCACCUCUCUGGAAGCCCAUGGUCGAAUUCUGCCGCAACACCUUGAGCGUGGAGCUGGUGAAGGAGUACACCGAGCAGUGCGUGGUCGAGUCAGACCUCGCCUAGUUACAGAAGGUGGAUGGAGGGGAAUGGAAGAUGAAGAAACCAGAAAGGAAGAAAGACAAGGGUCUAGACAACAAUGAAUGGACACAACUCAAUUACACUUAACAGAAAAACACAACCCUCUGUACUGAGACAGAAACCAAGCAAACAAAAUGUCGUUUUUACAAAACAAAACUUCUAAGAAAGCAGCGCGUUCGAAUAACAAAUACACAGCGUGGACAUAAAAUCACAAACACAUCAUGUAAUCAGCUACAACAGGUCUAAAUUCAAUGUGUUGAUACAGUAGUUUUGUAGUUAGUAAUAUUUUGUGCCCCCACUAUAUACAAAGAUAGGGGACUUAAUAGUAUAAACACCUUUUAGUCGAGGUUUCAUGGGUCAAAAAUUUUGGACUGGAUCCAAAGUGAAUCCAUGGGAAAUAUACUUAAACCCAACGUUGACAAUUGGAUUAAGGAAAAAUUGGCCUUAUCUGGAAGGAGCCUAAAGGCAGUCAAACUCAGCUGAAUAGAUGCCCAGGGCACUGGGUUAACUUGUCACAGUGGUCUGCAACGGGUGGACAGUGCAAAUUACAGUUGCUGUCAAAUAUAACAACGCUACAAACUAUAGCCUCUAAAAUGACCACAGAGUUGAAUCAUCAUCUUAUUAGCUUAGCAUGAAUUUGAAGUUGAUUGCAGGUGUUUUUGAUUUUAUGUUCACCCCCAUGUCUCGUGACGUGGAAAGGUGUGACUAGAGUGAUGAGCCUGGGGAAGCUUUCUCACGCGGUAGCAGUACUGAAACAUAAAACCCUAAAACAGUCAACAUGCAAAUGAUAUUCUCUGAGGGAAAUAAUGAAGUACCCUCAGGGCAUCUCAAAUCUUUCAUCUCAGUUCUUUCUGUAAAUAUGAAACUUCUAAAUAUGUACACAAGCUGAGUUGGAUUACUAAAAUCUGCACAACUCUGAGGGCACUUUAUUAAAACUACACAGACAGGUUGUGUCGAAGUUAGAAUGAAAAGGAAUAGUUCAGGAUCAAAUAGGGGUAAUUUACAGAUGCCAUCACUCUAACGCUGAUGGAUGCAUCUGUUAACUAGCAUGACUUUAGAACAGCAACAACAAAUCUCUGCAGAAACAACAAACAAAGCCUGUUAGUGACAUGAACAUGCUCAGUCUUUUCAAUUUACCCUUCGUUAUGGUUAUGUCUUAGCUUUUGUCUUUUUUGUUUAUUAUCAUUAUUAUUAUUAUUAAGUUACUAAUUUAAUGUUUUACUUAAAUGCUGCAAUAAAAUGUUAACAGAGAUGAUUAACUUCUGAAGCUGUAAGGUAUAAUCUAGGCUUACAUGUGUAAAUUGCUAGCAUAAAGCCAAACAAGAAGCUAAUGCUUGGAAAUGUUUAACAGACUACUGCAGUUUACUAACAGCUUCAGCUAACGCAGGGAGAAGGAGUAGAACGAAAAUAACUGUGUUAGAAUUAACAGAAUUAUAAUGUUAUAUAUUUAACCAUCACUAAUAUUAGCUGGCUAAAUAAUAGUGUUCCCUCUGUGACUAUACAAGAGCAGUGUUAAGAGAAGGUUCAGCCAUGUUAGAGCAAACUAAUCUUUAGUUUAUAGUCUAGAAGAAGAUUGUUCAUUAUACCAUGGCCAUAGACUCAUUCUGCACACCUUGCAAAUCAUGACACCUGAGAGAGUUUAACCUAUGAGGUGCUGAUGCAGCAUGAGCCUCCAGAGCAGCUUCAAGGCUCCUCAUCAUGGAGCAACGAGCUGGGCUGGAGGGAUAAACGAUAUCUGGUGUUUUGCUAAUGAUGGUGGUUGAGAGCACUGUCUAAGACACUGCUCCAAAAUCUCCCAUUUCAGUUGAGUUGAGAUCUGGAGACUGUGAAGGUCAUAGCAGGUGAUUCACAUCACUUUCAUACCCAUCAAACAGUUCAGUGAGCCGUGGUGCUCUGUAUUGUUAACUUUAAUUUUUCCUUUAGUUUGUUAAUUGUCUGGAGAUGAAAAUGGAAGCAACCAUUUUAACAGUAAUCAUGGUUUUAGGGAUGGCAGUGUUGGUGCUCCACUUUUGUCCAGACUGAAAUAUGGUGAAAUCUAUUAGCUGUAUUGUCAUGACAUUUCAUGCAGACAUUCAAGGUACCCAGAGGAUGAAUCCUAGUGACUCUGGUAAUCCCCCGAUUUUUCAUAGCGCAACCAGUAGUUUUAAGAUUUCUGUUUAACAGCGAUUUGCCCAGAAUUAAGAACAGACACAUUCAUGUUCCCCUCAGGAUAUACUGAGAUAACACUGGUGAUCCUCUGACUUUUCAUCCAGUGCCAUCGUCAGGUCAUUGUUUCAGUUUGUCUAACACUUUGGUUUAUGACCAAAUACCUGCAAAACUAAUGACAUUCCCAUUUUUAGUGCUGAUUAGCAAAUGUUGAUUAGCAUUUAGCUCAAAGCACUGUGCCUAAGUGCAGCCUGGCGAAGCUGCUAGCACUGCUGUAGACUUGUUUCUUUGGUAAGUGGCCAUGGUAUAAGCACAAUACCAGACACUGAUGUCUCCAUAUUCACAAUCAUGAACUCCUACGUCUACCUGUAGUCCAUUAUCACCUACGUAUUCAGCCUCUAAUAGAGGCAUCAGAGCAGAUCUAAAAAUGUUUCUAAAUCUUCUCUAAUGAUUAAUUAACGCUGUGACAUCAAAAUGACAUCAUAGGAGCAUCCACAGCACUGCACACACACUCUCCCUUUAAAUGUCCAUAUAGAGUGUGUACCACAGGACCAUUAGUCAGAACCAAACAUGAAUAUUUUAUUGAAAAAACACCUCAGUUUGUAGAGAACUAUUUGACCUUCCCACUGCCUUGACCAGCUUUUAUCCUGACCUGACCACCUUCUUCUUCUGGUAUGCAAUUUUCUAGGAGUGAGGAUGACUGGGCCUAUUUUCUUUGAAGAAAGAUCAAUUAUGAGUCAGUCUUUAAAAGUUUUACACAAGGGAAAUAAAUGAUUAAACCGACAUCUUUCUUUUAAUGAUUAAUUUUUUGUCUGGCCACAAUCCUCGACUUAUUCCAGGGAGUGUAACUAAAGAGGAGGCCAUUGUUACCCUAUUGUUUGUAACCAAAGAAAGUCACCACUCAUCUAAAGUGAUGCCCUAUUACUUGCUGCCUAGAGUGAAGGUGAAAAUAUGCAAGGUUGGAGAGGCCAUGGGUGCAAUUAUUUAUAUGAGCUGUUUUCACUUGAUCAUUAUUUUCUUAUCUUGGCAGAGCAUAACCCAAACUGUGUUCUCAUGAUCCGGACAUGGUCCUCGAUAUCAAAGAGGAUCUGACCCCCCCCCACUGCCCACCUCGAUCCUCCCACUUACCAUGCAUUGUGCAUGGUAUUCCUAUGCUGGAGCAAGACAUGGCCAUUGCAAUUAAACUAUAUAUUGGGAACCCACUUCAAGACAGGAACUCAGGAUUAAGUAAUGAAGCAGGGCCCACCAUUGUCAGUUGAUGCAUAGCUCACAGUCUGGUAAUCCCAAAAAGUCGUAAUUGCUCAACACAAACCACUCACCACACACUGGGACUUUUGGAAGUCCAUCAGGGUGUAAGAGAUACCAUAAGUCUCUUGUAGUAGGCAAAAGUUGGUUUACUGUAUAGUGACUUUGUGUCAGCUGGUCAUAGAUCAUUCCCAUCUUAUCCUGGUCCUGGUCGCAGUGGCAGCUGGCUACGUAAGGUAACCCAAAUUUAAUUACAAUUAGCCGGUCCUAGAUCUUCCUGACAGUCCCUGGAUUAAUGGGGUGUGUAAUCUCGUCAGCAUGUUCUGGGCCUGACAUCCAGAAGGCACCCUGAUCUGAUGCCCCAACCAUGUAUCUGCAAUUUUGUUCUUUUGUUCUUCGCCACAACAGUUUGGUGCAGCACCUGCUGAUCUCACUUUCCGUCGUACCCUCAGUUGUAGGCAGCACCCCAAGAUACUCUGGGAUGUUGGCAGCUACUCACUCCCAACGCUGAGAUAUGAAUCCACCAUUUUCCACAAGAGCACCAUGGACUUUGUCCAUUUUUGACUAAUGAUCAUGAGAAGUCAGUUUGGUUUGUGUUAAGUUUGUGAUCACAAGAAAACAAAGCUUGUUCAUUUCAAAACUACGAGAUAACUUAAACACAACGACAACAACCAUCUUACAACCUCUGUAUGAAGAUGAUGUCUAGGGAGAUGAAGAUUUUAAAAGCCUUUGUCCAGUGAUGAAGAAGUGUACAUAUGUAGCCCCUCCCCACCCCAAAACACACACGCUACCAUUUAGUAUAGCAAACUCUAACUAGCUGGGUAAUCUUUGAAAUGUACUUUGUACAAUUAGCUUGAGAUUUUCCUCACAAUCAAAUACACCCUCUGUUAAGUUUAACCCUAACCUAACAUAGCAAGUAGGGAAUCCUUCACAAGGUCAUGUUAAAUAUUCAUUAACUUAUUUUUUGUUGUCUUGUCAUAAUAACAUGUGAUCCAUGUAAAUAUUGUACAUUGUGCUGAACAGCUACUGGAGCUUGUGUGAUGCCAGAAUGAAGACUUAAUGUUAACACUUGAAUGGCCUAAAACCUGAUGAGAGCUUCACUCUGAGGAAACAAACAGAGGCCAGUUGUGAAUAUAUCUCACAAAACCUGUCAACCUUUCAUUGAUCGUCUUACUUUUUUUAAAAUAAAACUUUCUACUUGCGAUGUUCACUCAUGUGCUCUGGUGCAGCGUUUCCACAUGGUCCCGGUCUUCUCAGCCUCGCAGCAGGCAAAAGAAAUUAGAUGUUUUAUUUGUCCACUAACCUCAGGUCUUAAGAUUUCUGGCCACUUUCUUUUUAAAGGCUUUUUCUUAGGUUUGUCAUCCAUCUGGAGGCCUCAGUAUGCUUUAAAUGAAGUAGGCUGCAUGUACAACAGUUUGUCCAACAACAUCUAGAAAUAACACAACAACUCCUCCAACCCAUCAUUUGUUCCAACCCUUGGAUACGACCCAUAGCAGUGUCUCCUACAACGGCAAAUGUACCAGACCUGCGUUGCCAUGGCUACCAUAAUAACAGUCAUGGCCGCUUUCGAUUUAGGGAAAGAUCGUGGUUUGGGUUAAAAUAAGUACUUCCUCAACAUUAGAUGAUCUUUGUUGUCAUGGUUACAAUAAUAACAAUGACCAGUAGAAUGGUCAUGGACAAUAGAAACAAUGUAAACAGCUAGUUUCACAUGGGAACCGAACACCGCUCUCCUGUGUCAUAUUCAUUCAUCCACCACAACCUCCUCCUGACUCGGACUUUGUCUCUCUUUAUACUACGUCACCGCACUUUCCCCUUUGCUCCUGUCAUCAUCACUAUGACCACUAGAUGUCGCCUAGCAACAAAACGUAACUAUGGGUCAUAAUCACCUGCUGCAAAGUACUUUCUUUAAGCAUACUGAGGCCUUAAGGUUCAGUUUGGACCUGUAAACUUCUUUUUACCUCUUGGGUCUUCACAGCUUCAAUAAAUCUGCCUGGUCAGUUCUAAUGAAUGAGAGCGGCCAUUUUGAGUUUCAGCUGCCUCUCCCACAAACCUGAAUUAAUCUUAACCAUAUGCAAAACAAAGCAUCUUUGGUGUUCCUUUAUUACACCCUGUCAGAAGAAAGGGAGGCUUGUCUUCUUCACCUGCGUGUGCAGAUUAACAAUAAUCCUCUGGGUUCCAUCAGUCGAAAUCUUUGACCUACAACUUUACUAUGAGACUUUGCAUUUUAAACAGUUCAUUUGGCGUUGACCCAGUCAUCAUCACAUGUGAGAGAAAGCAUCUUUUGGAUGUUUUUAUUUUGACAUUCCAAACUAUUCGGCAUUAACAUGCAAAUUAAUCAAUAAGUCGUGUUUCUGCAUUUCUUUGCCGUGUUAAUGAGCCCUGCCCAUUACAUAGAAGUGUUGGCAGCUUGGUUAAUAAUUCCCUGUAACACCAAAGGUGAAGAGAUUAUUAGAAACAUCUGUGGUUUAUAAUGUUUAGUGCUUCACUUACUGAAAAAGAGUUUCUGCAGACUGAGAUCAAUCCAGAAAAAUGUUGUAGAUCAAUGUUAGUGACCACCAUUCUAAAUUUGACCAAAAACACUUUUACAUACUGUAAAGAAAGAAAAGAAGAAGAUGUUCAAACACGUAGCCCAACAGAAUUUAACCAUUUUCACAUUAAGUAUGAUUUUUAAAUGGUGACAAAUUGUAAUAAUGGCUUUAUUAAUGUUAAUUAAUCAUUUGUUUAUAGAUAUAAAUAAUCAUAAGAACCAAAUUUAUUUGGUUUUGUAUGACAGCUGAACACAGGCCUGCAGAGGUCUGGGAUUAACACUUUUUAAUGUCAUGUUUAAAACUAAUAGGUUUAUUAAUGUUGAUGAAUCCUUUAUUAACGCGCUUUAGACGUCAGUCAAAGGGACAUUUAUGUCACAAGAUUCAGAGAAACACAUUUGAUGAACAGGAAUAUGUUUUGUGUUUUGAAACAGAUCUGUUGAAUCAAACACACCAAGACAAAUCGGUCAUCAAAAAAUCCAUUCAUCCUUUAUCUAGGUCUGGGCUCACUGGCCAAUCCCAACCAAGGGUCAACCCUCACCCUCAGGUUAGGAUGACGUUAUCUGAAAUAAAUCUAACCUCAGCAGAGGGCAGCUGUUGAAUAACAGCCUUACCUGUAAAUCUGAUUAUGGUUUAUUGUCAGACUGAUGACGACAGUUUAGAUAUCUGUGCAACACAAUACACAGACGUCCAAACUGUUAUUUCUUCACAUUCUGCUGAUAAUCUUAUUUCAUGUUUGAAGGUUUUAAACUGAAACAUUUACAUUCAGGCCCUUUAAGGUUUGGUGAAGUUUAAUCACUAAAACUACUGGGUUGGUGUUUAAGAUUUUAAUUUGGGUUAAAAACAACUAUUUUGUCAAUAAAGGGAAGGGUCAUGGUUUAAAGAAACCAAUCCUCCACCAUGACCUCUGACCUCUGAGGUUUUAAAACCUAUAAUGUUAUAGCUAUGGCUGUCUUUGCUACAUAAUUCAUACAGUCAGUAGAGGUCCUUGCUAGUUAAAUGUAGUAUUUGAACAACAUAUGUCAUUUUUAAUGGGAGGACAGUCUUGGAUCCUUAGGAUGUUUUUUUCACAACCUGAUAAUUAGUACAAAUGGUUUAUUAACCAUUAACAAAGCCAUUAGUUAUAACACACAAAACUUGGCACUAAUCUUAUAAUGUAACCUUUAGAAAAAGGGUUUAUGAUGCUGUACAGCUUUUAUGGGCACAUCAACAACACGCACAGGUCAGGGACACUUUCACACAGGAUGUGUUUGAUGAGGAGGAAAAAACAAAAACGUUAGAUAUUAAAAACUUUAAAGAUUGGCAGAUUGGCCCAGCAGCGCCCUCAGUACCAGCAAUCAGGUGCAGUCUCUCCGACAGCUCCGUGCCUGAGUUUACGUCACACUUAAUAGUGAACAGAUACACAGCGCAGUAUUUUCAGCAGAUACUUUUAUGCACAGUAUUUCUUCACUGGAUGUGGAUGCAGUGUGUGUUUAAAGGGAAAUCAGAGAUGUGCCAAAUUUCAUGACUGAAAACUUAAACUAGAUUUGUCAAUUAGCUCCAAAAAAAUUACAGUUUUUAAUUACUGAACAUGAGUUUUAGUUGAACACUGAUCUAUGAGUUAAAUGUCUCAAUAGAGAAGAACCCCUGUAGCACACAGACAGAGGUCGGAGGUGAUGUCAUCAGUGGUUGAAUGUGACACUGAACAUUUUUUUAUUUGGUUAUUUAUAGCACUUUGUUUAAAACAUGUGAUGAUGGUAUACUUUGUAUACAGGUGAAUAAACUGCUAACACAUUGUGCUGCAAACCCUCCUACAGGGUUAAGUAUUAUAUUAUUGUAUGUUUUAUGACUUACUGUACAAGCCAUUGAGUUAGUGGGUAAAGCAGCAUGCACUUUAGUUGUCUUUGGCAAUAAUAGAUAUGCUCCUAUCUACUGUACAGUAGCAUCGACUUCAGUGGAAACAAAUGUUCUUGUCGCUCAUCUCGAUGUCCAGAAACAAUCAUACAGUUCCAUGUGAGAGACGCUUUUCUCUGUUUCUUCAGUGCUGAACCAUUUCACACAAGACAUGUAAAGACGUUUGUACAUUCGUAUACAGUGGUACUGAAAUGAAGACUAUAUUUUAUUCUCAGAGCAGACUAACAACUAUAAGAUUAACACACUGAGAGGUUGAAAUGGCUGUGUUCUGAAAGAGUAAUGUGGGUUGGGUUAGUUAAGUCAAGAGAUAAAAAAAAAAUACAUUUAGUAUACUAGUUUGUAAGUAGUUAAACUUUAUGUGAGUAAUUCCAUUUUGUGAGACCUCAUACUUUUACAUUUCAGAGGGAAAUAUUGUCCUUUUUACUCCACUACAUGAACCUAACAGCUGUAGUAAUUUUCAAGACUAACGUUGUUACAUGCAAAAUAUAAAUAAGAUGCACUGCUGGAGUUUGAACCAGCUGGUGUGAUGGUAGAAAUGUGUAGGCUGCAAAGAUCAUUUUAUUUUAAUAUGCACUCAGUGAUGCAAACCUUCUUCUCUGUACAUUAAAUCUCUCUCUGUGCUCGAUUUGUAGUGACUGCUUUGUCAUGGCUUGAUAGGUGAUGCCUUGGACCUCCAGGAGGGGGGACAUGAACAAACCUGACUCAUUUGUUGUGUUUUAAGUAAAGACAAGCAACGAG